AUGGAACAAGGGGGCCACACGUGUGGCAGCUAUGUGAGCAUGGAGACACCGCAGCAACAGUUACAGCCGCAGCAGGAACAGUUACAGCCACAGCAGGAACAGUUACAGCGGCAGCAGCAACAGUUACAGCCGCAGCAGGAACAGUUACAGCCGCAGCAGGAACAGUUACAGCUGCAGCAGGAACAGUUACAGCUGCAGCAGCAACAGUUACAGCAGCAGCAGCAGCUGCAGCAGCAGCAGUUACAGCGGCAGCAGCAGGAGCAGUUGCAGCAGCUGCAGCAGCAGCAGUUACAGCAGCAGCGGCUGUUGCAGCAGCAGCAGGAGCAGUUGCAGCAGCGGCUGUUGCAGCAGCAGCAGGAGCAGUUGCAGCUGUUGCAGCAGCAGCAGGAACAGUUGCAGCAGCGGCUGUUGCAGCAGCAACAGUUACAGCAGCAGCAGCUGUUGCAGCAGCAGCAAGAACAGUUGCAACAGCAGCAGCUGCAGCCCCGGCCGCUGGAGCCAGAGGAGGAGGAGGAAGAGGUGGAGCUGGAGCUCAUGCCGGUGGACUUGGGGUCGGAGCAGGAGCUGGAGCGGCAGCGGCAGGAGCUGGAGCGGCAGCAGGAGCAGCGGCAGCUGCAGCUCAAACUGCAGGAGCAACUGCAGCAGCUGGAGAAGCAGCUGGAGCAGCAGCAGCAGCUGGAGGAGCAGCAGGAGGUGCAGCUGGAGCUGACCCCGGUGGAGCUGGCGGCCCAGCCGCCGGAGCUGCAGCUGGAGCUGACCCCCGUGCCGCCGGAGCUGCAGCUGGAGCUGGUGCCCGCCGCGGGGGGCGGCGGUGCCGCCGUCCCGGGGACGCCCGCCGCGGUCGUGGUGGCGCCCCCGGGCUACGUGGUGCUGCAGGAGCUCAUGGUGCUGCCGGCCGUGUCGGCGCCCUCGGUGGUGGCCAUCCCGGGCCCGGCGGGCAGCGCGGCCCUGACGCCGGCCCGGCAGCGGCGGCGGCGGCGCGCCCGGGACCGGCCGACCAUCUGCGGGGAGUGCGGCAAGGGCUUCAGCCGCAGCACGGACCUCGUGCGGCACCAGGCCACGCACACGGGCGAGCGGCCCCACCGCUGCGGCGAGUGCGGCAAGAGCUUCUCGCAGCACUCGAAUCUGGUGACGCACCAGCGCAUCCACACGGGCGAGAAGCCCUACGCGUGCCCGUACUGCGCCAAGCGCUUCAGCGAGAGCUCGGCGCUCGUGCAGCACCAGCGCACGCACACGGGCGAGCGGCCCUACGCCUGCGGCGACUGCGGCAAGCGCUUCAGCGUCUCGUCCAACCUGCUGCGCCACCGCCGCACGCACUCGGGCGAGCGGCCUUACGUGUGCGAGGACUGCGGCGAGCGCUUCCGCCACAAGGUGCAGAUCCGCCGCCACGAGCGCCAGCUGCACGGCGCCGGCCGCUCCCGGGGCCUGGGUCUGCUCCGCGGCGCGCGCGCGGCCGCCGGCGGGGCCCCGCGCGCCGAGCAGGCUGCGGACAAGGCGCCGUGACCCCGGGCGGGGGCCGAGGUCGGGGAGGGCGCCGCUCUCCCUGCCCCCCACCCAGGAAGCUCAGCGCCCGCUAGGACGUCUUGACCCAGUUCCGGGGUCUCGGGACGUCCUGGAAUAUCGCCGGGGAAAGGCUACCAUCCUUCUUCCGGGUCAACCGAGUGGUCGGACGGGUUCACCCUCAGAAACACUCCACAGGAGGAAGUCGACGAGGCUAAAACAGCACGGAUGUUGCACAUCAGUACAAACAGCACACGGUUCAGAUUCGGCAUCGGGUACCAACGGGUGAGAAGUCGGUCAGGGAAGCCUCCCUGGGAAAAUUGGACUUACUGGAGGUGAGAGCCGCAGGGGAGAAAUUCCAAUGACAAGACGAGACAGUGGGUGACAUUCGACAGAGCUCGAACACUAACCAGGGAGUCCGAUAUACGUGGUACAACGCACGUGAAAAGGAUUUGGUCCUGGUGAAAAUUAUUUCAUGGGAAAAAAAGGAAAUGUAUCUGCACUUCGUAGAAAACUGAUCAAGGCAUUAAAUUGUCCUCAAUGGCAUUUGCCUUGAAAAUACUUCCUAGAAUGAAAAUUCAUCAGGGUGGAUAAAAUCCUGAUUAAAAUGUUUGUGUUCAUAAACACAGGGUCCGAGUGUCUGCUGGGUCAAUGUGCAAACGCCAGGAAGUCCACUCUGGGUGAAGGUGAAACCUUCCCUCCAGGGCCACCCAGGCAAGCCUCAGGCCGGCUCUAGGCCUCUUUGCUGCCGUGUUCCCAUGCCCACAGCCGCUCCCUAAUGCCUCUUGAAUAGAAAAGCCUGGGGCUGAAGCAGAGGGCAUUCUGGGAGUGCUGUCCAAGGUCCUAAGGGGUGGUCCCUCCAUCCUUCCCAAAGAACUCCGGGUAGCCCCACCCUAGCCUCCCUUCUCAGAUGCCCGUCCAGGGACUGAGGCUAUGGGGUCGGGGCCUUGAGACGCAGGGGCAGGUUCUCCCGGGCCAGGCUGUGCAGAGGGCUGGCCUGAGUAGACCCUGCCUCAUCGCCGGGAGUCAGAGGGAGAAUGUCAGGGACAGGGAUUGGAGGCAACAGAAAUGCUCUUUAUGACAGUUUUGUAAGCAUCUGGGGCUCAGUGAAAGCAGCAGCAACAUGAUGCCUUGUGGGAAGGCAGGAUGAUGCCAGGGGCGGGGGGGCACCCGCCACCUCAGGCCCCCAAGCCCUUCCUGCUCUCGACUCCCCCAUUUGGCUCCUUAGAUUCUGCCCUGCUGUCCUCCCUGCUUCUCCUUUACUAACAGAGCCUGCUACGUUUUACAGAUGUGUUGGUAAGUGAGAAACAAACAACGAAAAAUAAAUUAAAAUGAGGAAAUACAUUGUCCUGCCUGUGUUUUCACCUCUGGGUUUCAUGGAGCUUCAUUUCUCUGGCACAUUUUCCUGGUCG